AUGAGUGAGAGGCGAAGAUCGGCGGUGGCCCUCAGCUCCCGAGCUCACGCUUUCUCGGUAGAAGCCUUGAUCGGGACAAAUAAAAAGAGGAAACUGCGAGACUGGGAGGACAAGGGGCUGGAUUUGUCCAUGGAAAGCCUCAGCCCCAAUGGCCAGCUGGGGGACAAUGAAGACCCGACUCAGUGCCUGGACCUCAACCCUGACUCAGAACAGAGCACUGGGUCAGACACAGAGGUGCUGGCAGAAAGGACGUCCUGCUCAUUUGGCUCCCACUCUGACCUUACAUCUGGUGGCUCAGGCCCUCAGCCUCCUCCACCUUCAUCCAUGGAAGAGAUCCAGGUAGAGUUGCAGUGUGCAGACCUCUGGAAAAGAUUUCAUGACAUUGGGACAGAGAUGAUCAUCACAAAAGCAGGCAGGAGAAUGUUUCCAGCCAUGAGGGUGAAAAUUACAGGCUUGGAUCCCCACCAGCAGUAUUAUAUUGCCAUGGACAUUGUCCCUGUGGAUAACAAGAGAUACAGGUAUGUGUACCACAGCUCCAAGUGGAUGGUGGCUGGCAAUGCUGACUCCCCAGUGCCCCCCAGGGUUUACAUCCACCCUGACUCCCUGGCUUCUGGAGACACCUGGAUGAGGCAGGUGGUCAGUUUUGACAAGCUCAAGCUGACCAACAACGAGCUUGAUGAUCAAGGCCAUAUAAUCUUACAUUCAAUGCAUAAGUAUCAGCCUCGUGUUCAUGUCAUCCGCAAGGAUUUCAGCAGUGAUCUCUCUCCGACAAAGCCAGUUCCUUCAGGAGAUGGGGUGAAAACCUUCAACUUCCCUGAGACUGUUUUCACCACAGUGACAGCCUACCAAAACCAACAGAUCACCAGAUUAAAAAUUGAUAGAAACCCCUUUGCCAAAGGUUUCAGAGAUUCUGGGAGAAACAGGACGGGGCUGGAGGCCAUCAUGGAGACCUACGCCUUUUGGAGGCCCCCCGUGCGCACUCUCACCUUUGAAGAUUUCACUACCAUGCAGAAGCAGCAAGGAGGCAGCACAGGAACGUCCCCGACCACCUCCAGCACGGGGACCCCCUCACCAUCCGCUUCUUCUCACCUUCUCUCUCCAUCCUGCUCUCCUCCAGCCUUCCAUCUGGCCCCCAACACUUUCAAUGUUGGCUGCCGGGAGAGUCAGCUUUGCAACCUCAACCUGUCUGAUUAUCCUCCCUGCGCCAGAAGCAACAUGGCAGCGCUGCAGAGCUACCCAGGGCUGAGCGACGGGGGCUACAACCGGCUGCAGAGCAGCAGCGCUUCUGCCUCGCAGCCCUCCGAAACCUUCAUGCCUCAGAGGACUCCCUCCUUGAUCUCAGGAAUGCCGGCUCCUUCCUCCCUGCCCAGCAACAGCAAGAUGGAGGCGUACAGCGGCCAGCUGGGAUCUUUCCCCAGCUCCCAGUUUCAGUAUGUUAUGCAAGCAGGCAACCCUGCCUCCACCUCCUCCUCCUCACACAUGUUUGGUGGCGGCCACAUGCAGCAGAGCUCCUACAAUGCCUUCUCCCUGCACAAUCCCUACAACCUCUAUGGAUACAAUUUCCCUGCUUCCCCCAGGCUGGCGGCAAGCCCAGAGAAACUCACCACCUCCCAAAGCACUUUACUCUGCUCUUCCCCCUCCGGUGGGGCCUUUGGAGAGAGGCAAUACCUUUCCACAGGGAUGGAUCACGGGAUGCACAUGAUCAGCCCUCCCUCCAGCAACCAGCAGACAGCAGCGGCCUGUGACAACAGGCAGUACGGAGCGGUGCAGGGCUCCUCCUCACAGAUGUCUGUGCACAUGGUCUAA